AUGGACUUCAGGCAUCGGCUUAAAUUUUCUUUCCACAUACUCAUUUUAUACACACUAUGUAUACUAAUCGCUCUUUUAAUCAAUGAUGCAAAUUCCUUUAAGGUUUAUCUUACAAACUUUUAUCGCAGGCCACACUUGUAUAAUAACGAAUUGUACCAACCGUCGCACAAUUUUAAAAUUGGUUCCACUGACACUAAUGGCAAUGAUAUCAGUUCAUUGUUUGAUGAUAUAAAAUUGGAGGAUAUAUUAGAGCUUCCAAAGGAAACUGAAAUAACGGAAACUAUUGCACAGUCUGAACCAGCAGCUGAAUCUGAAGUCGAUAAAGAUAAGAAGUCCUUGAGCAUUUAUGACGAGGAUACAGAGGCCAACGUCUGGUCACUCGUACUACCUAAGGAAUUCCUUUACAGCGCAAGUAAUGAAUCAAUUUGGGGAGAUGAUUCUCAAAUCACGGAGUACAAGCCGAAACCUAUUAGAUGGAGUACUAGAACCACUGAUGAAGAAAGGAUGAGACUUGGGGACAUUUAUCAGCAUUUGUCAAGGAAGCCCUUGGCGCAAGUAUAUAAACCAAUUUCAUCUGCUCAUCCAAACGUUGAAGAUAUCGAUAGAACGUUCUUUUUGUUUGACAUAGAGGGGCACUUAAGGUAUUAUUUGGAGCAUUUGAAUGGUGACUACAAUCCGCAAAUACAUAAGGGUCAUAUGAGAGAUACCAAAACUAUAAACUACCUAUUAAACAGGGAGUAUAUACAGGAAUUUAAGCGACCAUUUCCACCUCCAUCAAAUUCCAUAAAUAUAGCACAAAAUCACCUAAUACAGAUAAUUCCAACUGUACUGGAAUCACUUGCUGUAUCAAUAAAAAAUGAUCCUAAUAUAGAAUGCAUUGCAUCACCACCAUUUCAUGAUAUGCAAAAGAUGGCUCCAGGUAUAAAAUCGGGAGAAUUUUAUAAAAACAUCAUUUCCGACGAUUACAAGAAGUUGUGCGAUCUAACCGGGGUGCAUGAGCCUAGCAAGGGUUAUAUCUAUCCAUAUGCCAAUACAGAACCACUAAUUGAUAGGUUGGUAAUGAAAUUAUAUUUGGAUUUGUUGGAGACUAGGGAGUUUGGUAAGAUAAACUUUAAGAAAAUGUACUGUCUGGGUAAAAAAAAAUCCGCUAUUUCUGGCGUAUAUAUUGAACCCGGUAAUGGCCAUUUAUCUAUCAACGGACGUGAUGGUUACCAAUACCUUGAUUACAAUGAAGAAUUGUUGGAGGUUGUAUUCAAGCCAUUAACAACACUAAGAAUUCAAAAACACUUCAAUGUUAUAGCUACUGCUAGAGGAGGCGGCAUUAGCGGUCAGGCUAACGCAAUAUUUCAUGCCCUAAGUACCUACAUUUAUACCACUUUCCUUCCUAUAUCCAAACCUAUACUAAGGUAUUUUGGGCUAGUUACUAGAGAUUUGCGGCGUGUUGAGAGGAAGAAACCAAAUAUGCAUAAAUCUAGACGUGCUGAACAAUAUUCAAAGAGGUGA